AUGGCAUCAUCUCUUCCUCAGUUUUACGCCGAUUUCGCAUUUUCGGGAGAGACUACUUCGCAGUUUCACGGCUCUUCUUCAUGUCCUGACGUCUCAGCUUUAUCCACCUACGUGGAUGACUGUUAUGGCUCUUUCAACAACUCUUGUAAUCAAGAUUCCAUAUUUUUACCCCAAGUUUUUGGGAUUUCUGACGUUUCGAUGCCCGAGUACAACAAUUAUUACCAGAAAAUGGGUGUGAAUAAUGCAACACAAUACUUUCAUGGUCGUGAUCAAGAAUACUACGGCUUUUCACCGGAGAUCAAGCCUUUGUUCCGUCCAUCCACUGGAGAGCAAUCAUGGGAAAAUAGUGAAGGAGGGAUACAAGCUGAGCCCAACACAAAAGUGGGACGCUAUUCGGUUGAAGAACGUAAAGAUCGAAUCAUGAGGUACUUGAAGAAGAAGAACCAACGCAACUUCAAUAAGACCAUUAAGUAUGUGUGUCGUAAAACCCUAGCGGACCGGCGUGUUCGUGUUCGGGGACGAUUUGCAAGAAACAAUGACACAUGUGAACAACAAUCUCCCAUGUCUAAGACUCACAACAACCAUUCUGAAAAAGACGAAGAUAUGUUUUCGGGAUCAGACGACUAUCUAAUCCAGAUGGAAAACGACGACGGAUGGCUUCACGAAGCAAUGUCUGGUCUAAUUUCUUUUCCUUGUGAAUUGGACGUUGUUCCUGGAGAUGCUCAUCAUCCAAAUACAUGGAGUUUCUGA